UCGGAGAUAAGCGAGCGAGUGAGCAUCUCGAGGCAGGAGAUCACGAUUUGUCGACCGUUAGAUUUUGGAGGAUGGGGAGCAUGCUGGAACAGGUUAAGGGAGGGAGGAAACCGAGAGUUCUAUGCCUGCACGGGUUUCGCACGAGCGGUGAGAUCAUGGAAAAGCAGUUACUUGGGAAGUGGCCUCCGGAAGUCACUUCCCGGUUUGAUUUGUGUUUUCCGGAUGGACCUUGGCCUGCAACUGGGAAGUCGGAAGUGGAAGCCCUUUUCCCUCCUCCUUAUUAUGAAUGGUACCAAUAUAACAAGGAUUUCACUGUUUACAAUAGACUUGAUGAGUGUCUAGUCUAUAUUGAGGACUUGUUGAUCAAACAUGGACCGUUCGAUGGCAUCUUGGGCUUUUCUCAGGGGGCAAUUCUUGCUGCCGCUGUGACAGCUAUGCAAAUUAAGGGUACAUCAUCAAAGAAAUUUCAAAAAGUGAAGUUUGUGGUGAUGAUGAGUGGUGCUAGGUUCACUGUACCGGCGGUGGCUGAAAGGAUCUACCCUGAUAAAAUCACCUGCCCUUCUGUUCAUUUCUUAGGUGAUAUUGAUUUCUUGAAGGGAGAAGGUGAAUUGCUAGCACAAACUUUUGUUGACCCGGUUAUCAUGCACCAUUCCAAGGGCCAUACCAUCCCUAGACUCGAUGAAGAAAAUGUGAAGACAAUGCUCACUUUCAUUGAUAGAGUUGAGAAAUUGUGUGCAAGUUCAGAAGUUGAAAUUGAGGAGAAACUAGAGUUACAAUAAUGCAUGCAUGUAUCUUUCCCACAUCAGCAAUGUUUUCUUUUAACUUUUAAAUUAUAAGAGAAAUGAAAUAUAAGUGCUUUUUCUUGUUCUAA